CCGCAACUCACCUGCACUACGCUCCUUUCCGCUUCAGCCUCGGCCUCAACAUCCAUACAAUGGCAUCCCUGCCCCUGACCUCACAUCUCCUCUCCCUCAACCGCGACCAAUUCACGCGCGCCACACAAUCCCACUUUCUCGCCCGCGCCGCCUCUGGCACCCUCUCCAAACAUGUCAUCUCCCACUGGCUCGCAAACGACCGCCUCUACAUGCAAGGCUACAUCCGGCUCACCGGAGAACUCCUCCGCAUUACCAAGGUGCCAACCAGGCCCACGCCAAGCAAGGAGGCAGGCCCCCUGGAGCUUCGCUUGGUCGACUGGCUUGUCAGUGCCUUGGUCAACAUUCGGCGGGAGGAGCGAUUCUUCAUGGACGUCGCGGAGCGCUACGGAUUGGAUGUUGAUUUGACGGGACCUGACGGCGUGACCAUUGCCGAGGAGAAGAAAAUUGAAGGGCUCAAAAGGUUCGAGAAGUUAUUUGACAGCUUGACCACGGGGCAAUCGACCGAGGCGACUCUGCCAUGGCUGGAAGGCGUGGUCUUGUUUUGGGCGACUGAAAAGGUGUAUUUUGAGGCGUGGAGCUGGGCGAAGAGGCAGGCGGAGGGGAUGACGGAGAAGGAGUAUGGGUCGGAUGCAGAUGGUGGCGCGGUGAGGAAAGAGUUUAUUGAAAAUUGGACGAAUGAUGAGUUCAUUGAGUUCGUGAAUACGUUGGAAGGGAUACUGAAUGAGGGUGUGCAGGGGGUGGUGGAUGGCGACAAGGGGUUGAGAAAGCAAAUCGAGGACCGGGCGGAGAAGGUGUGGCAGCAGUUGCUGGAUGCUGAAGAAGCCUUCUGGCCGGACGUGGACUAGCUUUGCUGCUUUCCGGGUAAACUAUCUCUGUUGUUCGUUCUUGAGCGCUGAAAAAUCCUGAGCCAAAAGACUCUCGUGCCAACAUGAAGACAGGAGAUGAAGCGAAGCUUGAUCAUCGUCUGAACCGUCAGGCCUAGCAUAACUAAGGCUACUGUAUGUCUCUGGAAGUUUCAUCUUUAACAGCAUCUCCGGU